AUGCCCUUCACCAAGACCGUCAAGAACGAUGCGUACUUCAGUCGCUACCAGACUAAGUACCGCCGCCGCCGCGAGGGUAAGACCGACUACUACGCCCGCAAGCGCCUGAUCACCCAGGCCAAGAACAAGUACAAUGCGCCCAAGUACCGCAUGGUUGUCCGCUUCACCAACCGCGACAUCGUCACCCAGAUCGUCUACUCUGAGAUCUCCGGCGACAAGGUCUUCGCCGCUGCCUACGCCCACGAGCUGCCCCGCUACGGUAUCGAGCAGGGUCUGACCAACUGGUCCGCUGCUUACGCCACCGGUUUGCUCCUGGCCCGCCGCACCCUGAAGAAGCUGGGUCUGGACGAGCAGUUCACUGGAGUCGAGGAGGCCACCGGUGAGCACACCCUCACCGAGGCCGUCGAGACUGAGGAUGGCGAGCGCCGCCCUUUCAAGGCCUUCCUGGAUGUUGGUCUGGUCCGCACCUCCACCGGUAACCGUGUCUUCGCUGCCAUGAAGGGUGCUUCCGACGGUGGUAUUUUCAUCCCCCACUCCGACCGCCGCUUCCCCGGUUACGACAUCGAGUCCGAGGAGCUGGACGCCGACACCCUCCGCAACUACAUCGUCGGUGGCCACGUCUCUGAGUACAUGGAGACCCUCGCCGAUGAGGAUGAGGAGCGUUUCCGCAGCCAGUUCGUCAAGUACGUCGAGAACGAAAUCGACGCUGGUGACCUCGAGGAGAUCUACACCGAGGCCCACAAGGCCAUCCGUGAGGACCCCUUCAAGGCCGACGAGAACGCUGGCCCCAAGAAGUCCAAGGCCGAGUGGAAGGCCGAGUCCAAGAAGUUCAAGGUCAACAAGCUCUCCCACGACCAGAAGAAGGCCCGUGUCCAGGAGAAGAUCCGCGAGCUUGCUGCUUAA